UAACGUCAAAGUAGAACUAGUUGUUGAACUAAUAUAAUUUUUACUGAGUUUUGUUUAAAGUUUUUUAACUAAUACUUAUUAUUUUAAUUUCGAAGCAACUACUUCAACAAACAUACAUACAUACCUAAUAUCAUUUAAAACAAAAGGACAUCAAAAGCCUUUAAUUAAACUACAAAUAAAUAAACCUUUUUUUGUUAAUUAACAAUUCUGUUUAACAAGAGGCUUUCCUAUUUUCUUCAUACCUAUAAAGAUAUAAUUGUAUUUAAAAACAAUCAAAAUAUUUUCCCAUUUAACAAGACAAAAACAAAAAGAAUUUUUAAUAAUGUUUAUCCACAAUAAUCAUAUUGAUUUAAGAAAUCAAAAACUAUAUAAAUACCACAUACAACAAUGCAACCAAUUUAAAAUAGAACUAGAAGAAAACGGAAAUGUUUAAUCCUAAACCAAAAGGUGAUCCUAAAUAUCGCAUACCACGUCAAUGUAUUUGGUUAAAAAUGAACGGUUCUUGGCCUUUCGAUUGUGAAACUGAACGAGAUUUUUAUAAUGCACAUACAUUGUAUGGUAUAUUGUAUUCGUUGUGGUCGUGGUAUAUUAUAUGUUCGGUGGGCCUAACCAUAGGCUUUCAAACGGCUUUUUUAGUUAACAAUUUGGGUGAUAUUAUGAUGACUACCGAAAAUUGUUGCACCACAUUUAUGGGGGCCUUGAAUUUUAUACGUUUGCUACACAUGCGUCUCAAUCAAGGAUCUUUUAGAGAGAUCAUACAACAGUUUGUAGAUGAUAUAUGGAUUAUUAAAAAACAUAAUCCUUAUAUAGCAGCCGAAUGUUCUCGUAAAAUGCGAACUUUUCGCAUAAUGACUGUUUUACUAAGUUGUUUGAUUGCCAUGUAUUGUGUCCUACCUCUGGUUAUACUAUUCUUUGAUGUAGGCUUAGAUGCCGAAGAGAAACCCUUUCCCUAUAAAAUGUUAUUUCCUUAUAAUGCUCAUCGUGGUUGGCGUUAUGUGGCCACCUAUAUAUUUACUUCAUUUGCUGGAAUAUGUGUGGUAACUACUCUUUUUGCUGAAGACUCAAUAUUUGGUUUCUUUAUAACCUACACUUGUGGUAAAUUUAAAAUACUACAUGAACGUAUAGACAAUAUAGUGAUAGAUGCUUAUUUUAUGGCUCGCAAUAGACAAGAUGAUAAGGAAAUACAAUGGUUGUAUUUAAGGCUAUUAAAUAGAAUUGCCUAUGAUCAUAAUAAAUUGAUAGAAUUUGCCAAUCGUUUGGAAAAUUUUUUUAAUCCCAUUUUAUUGGUAAAUUUUACCAUUUCCUCCAUAUUAAUAUGUAUGGUGGGUUUUCAAUUGGUAACAGGCAAAGAUAUGUUUAUUGGAGACUAUGUCAAGUUUUUGGUAUACAUUUCCUCUUCACUUUCACAAUUAUAUGUUUUAUGCUGGAAUGGCGACUCUUUAAUACAACAUUCCACCGAAACUGCUCAACAUUUAUAUAAUUGCAAUUGGGAAGGUGAAAAUCUGUAUUUAACCUCUGCCAUUUCAAAAUAUCAAAUGGCCAAAGAAAACGCUAAAAACUCUAAAAAUACUUUAAGCAAAAGUUUAAAACAUCAAAAUCUAUGGAAUGAUUUGCAUAAUAUACACUUUAUACCGGCCAAUAAACAAUUUCGACAAAAUUUAGAAAUCAUGAUUAUGUGCAGUCAAAGACCAGUAAAAAUUACCGCCUUAAAAUUCUCCACCUUAUCCUUGCAAUCUUUUACCGCUAUUUUAAGUACUUCUAUGAGUUAUUUUACUCUAUUACAAACCGUUUACAAUGAAAACAAAGAAGAAUUGGAACAUAUGACUUAA